AUGCUGCAGGUGACACCAACUCAGACAGUACGUGUGAGGAGACUGCCCCUCCUGACUACGGAGCUGAGGUCCAGAGUUGCAGCAGCGCUUGCACAAACAGCAGCCACGCAGCAGGCCCUUGCUGGGACACUUGAGAAAGUGCAGGCAGCGGGAGAGCGCAUAAAGAGCCUCCAGGAAGGCAACAAGUCCUUGAGGACUGAGAUCGGCGGGGAACAGAUAAAGCUGCAAGCCGCUGCACAAGUAUUGCUGGAGCAGGAGGGUCCAUCGGCCAUUUAUGAGGAGCUGCUCAGCAAUCUGCAGGACAGCAGAGCCGAGGCGCAGGCCUUCAUGCGAGUCUCACACUUCAUCAUGGACGAGGCCCUCUCCAGAAAGGAGAGCUUGAACGCUCACACAUGA